AGCGUGAUACGAAGGCGAACGGAUCGGCAUCAGUGUUUUUUUUUUCAGCGACAGUGUGUGUUUAUUGUGAAAGUGAAGUCGCUGCGUCUACGGAAAAAGAGACAUCUUCCCGUUUGCGUGCAAUACAAAAUGUUCAACAUUAGGAGAAACCCGUUGCGAAGAGUGACCAGCGCCGGUGGCGGACUGGUACUGGCGAGUGCGGUGGUUGUGCUAUUGUCUUGUGCACUCGAUACGGCCACCGGUCAACCGAUCGAUAUGAUCGACCAGCUCGGUUCGGAAAGCCGUCGAAUGUUCUACAAAAUGCUCGAGUAUCUCGGUGACUACGAUGAGCUGGACGAGGAUGGACCGCAGGACCGGGAAGAGAAGGGUGGUUCCCUACCACUGCAGACCAGCAAUCGGGUCGAGUCGGCCGGCCGGGACGAACAGUGUAAACUGCCACCGCGGCGUGGUGUCUGUCGUGCCCUGCUACCGCGCUACAGAUACGAUCCGGACCAGAAAGAGUGCAUCGAGUUCAAGUUUGGCGGAUGCGACGGCAACGCGAACAACUUCAUGUCCUACAAGCAGUGUAUGGAUGCCUGCAAGGGAGUGUAGAUCGUCUCCGGCUGCUGCUGCUGCUGCUACGGACAUCCGCAUUUCGCCAGGCGCAUGCCAGGGCCACAGUUGACGACAUCACUAGCAGCCAACAUAAGUGUCGUCCCCCACCAAGUGAUAUGUAGAGUUUAAGUUUAGCGUUCCAUUCUUGUGUUUUGCUGUUGUGCUUCUCAAGAACAGAAGUAUCGUAGUUCGAUAAGCCUUCCACUCGAAUCCUCGACGUCUUACCUUGUAUGCUAUUUAUUUUAAAAUUGCUCCACUCUUACAAACUCGUUGUAAUAAAGAAGCAUUUGAA